UCGCUGGUUUAUGAUUGGUCAUAGUUUUCUACGUAUGGUGAGCAGCCAAUAGCAAGGACGCAGACUUCAAAGACUUUUUCAGGAUGUUCACGAAAUCCACCCCAGUUUCACGUCCGCGUUUAGUCACGUGCAUUUUAGUAUCUACGGUUCAUGUCAGUGAAUCGGUUCCAUUGAACAGCUCAUUUUAAAUAAGCAACCUAGUCGAACUGAUUCAACUAAAAGAGUCGACUCACAACUCUGACCUCGCUGUGUCAAACGAGAGUGUCUGAGCUAAACUGAGGUUUCCUGUGGUUUGUGCGGAGAUUCUCGCAGGCAGGACCUGCACGGUCAUCCGCCCUCUGAGAAAUGGUACACAGCCAGGCGAAAAAACACAGACUGCUCCAUCAUGGUUUCAAUACUGGAACGGUUGGUCUUCCUACAAAAAGUGCCAACGCUUAUGCGAGCAACAUCAGAUGACGAAUCGCCCUGUCCUGGCUAUCUCUUCGAGGAAAUCAGCAAAAUUUCCCAUGAGUCAGUGGGCUGCUGCCAGUGUCUUUUGGAGUACCUUUUGGAGAGACUACAGGUGGAGUCGUGCCAUGUUAAACUUAAGGUUCUGAAGAUUCUCCUGCAUGUAUGUGGCCAUGGACCACCUCACUUCCUCACAGAGCUACGGCGAAAUGCUACAUUUAUACAAGAAGUUAUUGUUUACAGUGGGCCACCAGAUCCUAUACAUGGAAAUGCUCUCUAUCAGAAAGUCAGAAGCUCGGCUCAGGAGUUGGCUAGUCUACUCUUUAAUGAUUCAAUGUCUCCAGAUUCUGUAUCGUCUCCACACAAAUCAAUGACUCACUCUGUGGGAAUGGGCUCAGAGUCCCUCAGGUCUGGGAUGCAGGGUUUUGGAUCUAGCCCUGGACGGAAAGAGUCCACUUCAGGGACUCUGUUGGACAAGAUUCAGAAAGCUGCUGAGGUGGUUGCCAGCGCCGUCCUUCCUCCGACCGAGCAUCCUGGCCUCCGUCUUCAUGACAACCACUACCAUGCGGUGGUUGCGCCCUCUGCUGCUGUGGAGAUAGCAGUGCCAGCAUGCGCCUACAACAUCCAAUCCCACAGCCACAGAACAUCUCACAGAUGCCCGGGGCAGGCUGGUGGAGGCUGGGAGGAAACAGACAGCGGCCACAGCUCCUCUCACAACUCCUCCCAGGAGAUUGCAGAGGCCAGCCAGGCUUCAAUGGGAAGAAGCAGUAAGUCAGGCGGCUCGGGCAGCCACUCCGGGGCGAGUCGGGAGAGCGGUGACCUGUCAGAACGUGUGGAGGCCAUUCAGCUGGGGGACUGUGGUCAGGAGACAGCACUGAUUAACAAGUUGACCAGCGGAUCCAAAGUCUUCCUGUCCAGAGAGGAGAGCCAGCACUUCAUCAAAGAGUGCUCAACUCUCAACUGCGAGGUUGUUGUUGAACUUCUCUCUCGCAAACUACAAGACCACACACAGAUCGUCCAGAUGAGGGCGCUGUGUGCUCUGGCCUGCCUGAUGUCUUCAGACUUCCUCUCUCUAGACCAUAUUUUUAAUAUCAUUCACAAACGCCUCGCUCAGCUUAGUGAAGGAACUACAGGGCCUGUCGCCAACAAGGCAACCAAGCUCCUAAGGCAGUUUGAGGCGUUGCUUGGCUGUGUCACGAACCCCAGAUUUGACCGAAUUGGACGUUCAUCCUCCACCAACCUGUCGUCUUCAGAUCAGCCCUCUACAUCCAUCACCAUCCCCUUCAUUUCAGGACAAACCGGAGAACCCACAACCCCUGUCAUCCCAUCAGAGAUGGCAUUUACACAAGGUAACAGCACUGCACCAGGGUCUCAUAUGAACAGGGAACAAGAAGAGGGCGAACACAGAAACACAGACACCUCAAAAAGCUCAGAUCCAUCCAGACUGUCGCUCUUCAGUGGGAUGGAGCUCGUAAACAGAAGUAAACCAGUCUGUUUGGUGGAGCCUGUUCCGGUUGAUGCCCAGCCCUGUGGAGAAGCCACUACUGACACAGACUGUGCACUGGAGAAAAGAACUGCAGGAUCGUCCACAUCUGCUGAACAACUGUCUGCCUUCUCCUUCCUCAAUCUCUGAUCUACGGUUUCUGUUCACCUCAUUCAGCCUAUGAGUGACCUCUUCUUACACGGCAUCAUAAAUACUGAAUGGAAGAACUUUUUCAAUGAAAUGCGAUUAGUGAAUAUGAUAAGUUAUUAAAAAAAUGGAUGAAAGUGACCAC